UAUACAACUUAAGCGACUAUUCAAUAUUUUUGUGACCGAAAAGCUAUAAAACUAAUUUUUUGCUACAAAAUCGUAAAGAUGACGUCAGAAGAAGAAUCGGACAUAGAAUUACAAUCAAAAUUAUCUAAAGUUAACAACAAAAAGAUGCCAAAAAGUCCAUCAGAAGAUUUACUUGAAAAAAAGCCGGAGAGAAAGCUGACUACGAAAGAAAUGAUCAACCAAGCUCUUAUAGAUCUCAAUACUCGUAAGGGUGUAUCGUUAUAUGCCAUAAAAAAGUAUAUAACUGAAAAAUACAACGUUGAUACAGAUAAACUGAAUUAUUUUAUCAAGAAAUACAUAAAAACUGCCGUCGAGAAUGGGAGCAUCGUUCAAACUAAAGGAAUCGGCGCAUCUGGGUCUUUCAAACUAGUUCCUAUGAAGAAAAAGCCUAAAACAGACAAGAAACCGAAAGAAAAAACGAUAGAAAAGCCGGUAAAAGAUAAAGAUACGGAUAAAAUGAAGAAAACUAAAGAGAAAAGUAAAAAGAUUGUUGAGAAAGGUGCGAAAAAGACAACUAUUGCGAAGGUAGACAAAGAAAAAGUUAUAAAACCAAAGAAAUUAAUGGAUAAAGAAAAGAAAAUAAAGCCAAAAGGAAAAGAUAGGGUUGAGAAAGAAAUAAAGGCGAAAAAGGUAAAGAUGACCAAAGAAAAACAUACACCAAUAAAGAAAAAGAUGCUAAUGAAAAGGAAAAGCGUAGGUUCGAUUAUUAAGAAGCCCGAAAUGAAACCAUCUAUGAAAGCUUAAAAUACUUAAUUAUUAUGACAUUUUAUUUGUUAAACUAAAUUAUUCACGUUUUAAAUAUAAAUUAUUUGAUUUUAUUA